GACGGAACCGGCCGCUUCGGUUCGGGAUCGAUCCGGUGGACGCAACGCUGAAAAAUCCUCCUCCUCGUCGUCGAUACAAUAGAACACGAGACGGAAAUAUUGAUAGGCGCUCCCUGCCAAGAAUGUCACGGCUAAGCGGCUAGGAGAGAGAAUUUUUCCACGAUUCUUUUCCUCAAUGGAGCUGGACGGGAUCCCUGCCUCUAUGUAUAGCAGCGAUUCGCGCGCGCCAUUCGACUUCGACGGUGAUAAAUCGACCGCUUAUAUUUAGCGGAUGGAAUGGUUCCCUUGGCGAGGAAAACCGGCCUUCCUAAGAAAUCGUCGGUCUGACGAAUGUCAGAAACUGAUGCACCGACGUGAUACACCGUUUCAUUCGAGGACGAAGGGGUUGAAAUCGUGAGGAACUGUGGAUUGGUGGUGUAGGACCUCGGCCCCAGGAGUGGCCCGGGGGUUACCCUGGGGACCUCGGGGAAUCGUUGGCGCGAGGACGAGGCAGCUAAGAACGACGAAGGACACGGGAGGCGGAGGAGGAGGCCGCUAUGAACGCCAGCGUCAACAUCGAGAGGAACUCCUGGCGGCUGCCUCCCGACGAGACCGUCCAGGUCGCCGAUCCCCGUUCAAAAUCAGCCCAGGUAAAAGAGGAUCUAACGUACGCGGAGGGUGGCCACAACUGGCGAAGCAUAAUCUUCUCGCUUUUGGUCAUCGGAUUCGUUAUCGCCGGGAUCGUCACGGCCAUUUACCUCCUCGGGUACGUGGACGAGCUGUUGUACUGGAGCGGCAGACGGCUCACGUUAGACGAGUGCCUUCGUGAUGAUCUGACGCCGCACAGGUUAACACCGACCUGGAUAACCCACGACAAGUUUGUCUACCAGGCCGACGACGGUUCCCUCACACUCCUGGACACAAGCAACAAUUCCGUGUCCCUUCUUGUCUCUAAUCACACGCUCAGACAGCUGAACGUCCAAGGCUACCAGUGCAGCGCCGAUCUGCGUUACGUGUUGUUUAAGCACAAUGUCAAGCCGGUGUACAGGAAUACCUUCACCGCUUACUACACAGUCUACGACGUCACGAACGACCACCACACGCCUCUCCGUCUGCACACAUCGAGGGGGAUGCAGCAAACGCGGCUGCAACACGCCGCCUGGUUGGGCAACACGUCCGGCAUCCUGAUGAUAUCCGAGAACGACAUCUACGUGAGGAUAGCGCCCUCGGCGGCAGAGGACGCGAGGAUAACCGACACAGGUUUACCCGGGGUGAUUUACAACGGGGUGCCGGACUGGUUGUAUCAGGAGGAGGUGUUGCCGCGGCCGGAAGCAGCCUGGCCUAGCUCCGACGGCACGCAUCUCCUCUUCGCCUCGUUCAACGACACCAAGGUCACUGCCCUGGAAUUCCCUUGGUUCAGCACGCAACCGGGUCAGGAUGGGCCGAGCUCCAGCCCCCUGUUCACGCCUAGGAGAGGCUCCUUCCCGCCCUCGAGGUCCGUCAGAUACCCCACUCCCGGCUCGCCAAAUCCCGAGGUCGAAUUGUGGAUCAUGGAGCUCGGCAACUUGACCAACUCGAUCAACGGAACAGCGAACUCGACCAUCCUCUCCAGGAUAAGGUUGAAACCGCCAACCGCUUUGGACGGACAGGAAUAUUAUCUGAUAUCCGCGGGUUGGGUGGGCGACGACUCGACCCAGGUUGCCGUCGUCUGGAUGACCAGGUCGCAGAAUCUCUCGUUGGUGACCGCUUGUCGAGCACCAAUGUGGGAGUGCGAGGAGACUCAUUCGGAGAGGGCGCCUGAAGGGCAGUGGUUAGACGCGCAGCCUCAUCCUCUGUUCGCCCCGGACGGGGACAGCUUUCUACUGCUGGCCGCCGUUCAAGAGGGCGACAAGGAACACUUCACCCACAUCAAGCACGUGACGUUGACUCAACAGAGGAUAGCAGUGUUGUCUCACGGCCGUUACGAGGUGAGUGAAAUCUUAGCGUGGGACACCAAGGCCCAUUUGGUGUACUAUUUGGGCACGAGGGAAAGGAGGCCCGGUCAGAGACAUCUUUACAUAGUUCGCGAUCCCACCGCUGACGAUCCUCGACAUCUCGAACCGUUGUGCGUCACGUGCGACCUUGGCGAAGUGCUGUGGAGCAGUAGAUUUUAUUACACCAAUUGCACCCACUUUGGCGCGUCCGUAAGCCCCCCGAUGGAGAACGAAUCAUCCGGCUACUACGUCCUCUACUGCGAAGGUCCGGGUCUCCCUCUGGCCGCUGUACACCUGAUCACCACCCACAAGAUGAUCCGCGUGUUGUACGACACGAGGAUCCAAAGAGGGGACAAGCUUUCGCAACUGGCGCUGCCAACUCGAAGAAGCUUCGAGGUGUCUCUACCCCAAGGAUGGAAGGCUCAGGUGCAACUGUUAUUGCCACCUUCGUGGCGAGAGGAGCUGAGAGACGCCGCGUUCCCCGUCCUGGUGGAAGUGAACGGUCGGCCAGGUAGCGAGGCGGUGACCGACCGGUUCAAGAUCGAUUGGGGGACGUACAUGUCGAGCCACAACGACGUGGUCUACGUAAGGCUGGACGUGCGCGGAGCAAGAGGCCAAGGGAAGCGCGAUCUGUUCAGAAGAAUCGGCGGUGUCGAAGUUCAGGAUCAGUUGACCGUGUUGAAGCAUCUUCUCAAGACUCUCAAGUACCUGGACGUGACCAGGGUGGGUGUGUGGGGUUGGGGAUACGGCGGCUACGUGACCGCCAUGGUGUUGGGUAGCCAGGAGAACGUGUUCAAGUGUGGCGUCGCUGUGAAUCCUAUCGCCGAUUGGCUCUACUACAAUUCCGCGUUCACGGAGCGAGUCCUUGGCGCUCCCGCAGAGAACUACAAAGGUUACGUGGAGGCUGACCUGACCCAACGCGCCAGGUUGGUGCCCAGUCACAGUCUCUACCUUCUUCACGGUCUAGCCGACCUCACAGCGCCUUAUACGCACGGUGUCGCCUUCGCUAAGGCUCUGACCGAAGCGGGUAUCAUCUUCAGGUACCAGAGUUACGCGGACGAAGACCACGCCUUGGCAGGCGUGUUGGAACACGCUUAUCGUUCCAUAGAGGACUUCCUCGCAGAGUGCCUCGCCCUGGACGCGUCCUAGUGCCUCAAGCCGAACGCUCCCUCGUUGUCUCUAGCUCGCCUACUUCUGAUACAUCCCAGAUGGAUGUGGAUGCUCGUCAAGAAGGCUCUCGUCGUUCAGGAUUAGACUGUAGCUCGAAUAUAUAGAAGAAGAAGAAGAAGAAGAAGAAGAGGAAAGUAAUAAUAAUAACCCGGUCCUGGAAUGUAUAGCGGUGAAUCGUAUAGCGUGAACGAACCGAUUAAAAAGGGAGGGGGGGGGGGAAAAAAAUGCUAGUCCCUGAGUCAGAGCCAGGGGAUGAGGCGUGAACUUAGCGUUUGUAUAAUAAGUAAACGUAAACCGUUUAAUAAGUAACCGUUGUAUAUCAGCCACCUGCAUCAGCCUGCGGAUUCCUCUUUGCUACCGACAAACUUUCACUUUUGCUCUCUCUUUCUCUCUCUCUCUGAAAGCGGACAUACAAACAUAAUUUCUAGUCUACGAUCUCCCCUAUUAUAUCCCGAUGGCCAUCCAUCCAGAUGGCGCCACUAGCUAGCUAUUAAUGGCGCGAUUCGAUCGCGGCCGGACACCAUCUUUGCCUCCCCAUCCUCGCCUCGACCUCGAUCGAGGUCUCGCGAAGAAUCGGUGAAUAAUCGGUGUCGUCGUGCCUCUCGCAAGCUUGCAAGCUCUAACUCAUUUUUUAUACACAGCGAAACCUUCGAGACACGGCGAAGGUGUCGACAUCUCAGCGAAUCCGGGCGUAUCGAGCUUAGCGCGAGCUUGCAAGUUCGCGUCUCGCGUUUUUUAUAUCGGCACGUACACGCAUGCACACACACGCGCGCAUAAAUACACACGUGCAUUCAGCCAUUCUGCUCGAGACAUUGGUGCCGUUUGUAUAUCGCUCCGCUUUCCGAGGAUGUCGAGUAGCUUGUGUCGAUAAGCUUGCAAGCCCAUCCAUCAAUCGCCUUCUUCAUCGAGGACCGCCUCUGCGAACGAGUCGCCUUUAGAUCGAAUACGGACACAUCGUGCAGAGCUUGCAAGCUCGCGCUUCGCGACGUUUCUCCCUCUUCGAUUACGCCGCGCAUCGGUCUCUACCAUGAUCCCCCCUUGUCGUGGAAACUCCGGCUAUCUCCUGUACCGACGUGACACGCAUAUACACACACAUACACACACACAUACACACAUUAUUUCCUUGGUAGAAACGAACGCCUAGUCUUAAGUUUUGUGUUGUGUACAGCUUCGCGCCUAGUAUCAUGUAAUGAUGUUACACGUGAAGGGGAGAUAAAAAAGAAAAAAGAAAAAAAUAGGAGAAGGAAAAAAGGGGAGGAAAAUGAUAUUUCCCUGGCCCUUCCAUCGUUAUCCAUAUAUAUAUUUAUAUAUAUAUAUAUAUAUAUACGUACAUAAAUACACGCACACACCAACACACGAAUUCUUUCUACCGUUUGAUUCUUCGAUAUUUGUAUAUAUCCGUGUCUCUUUGAAACGAAUUCCCUUGGUGCAGGAAAACGUUCCCCCCCUCGACGAGGUUCGAGCGUGUUUCCCGUUUGUCGUUGAUCGUUUGUUGUAUUAUAUAUCGCUAAGUUGUACUAUAACACAAUACAGUUUUCAGAUUAAAUAACUAUUAAUUAAGUAAGUUAAGCGCGACGCGAAGCUUUAGGAUAACCUCGUUCAGGUUUCACCUCGUAUACUUUAGCUCGUUCGAAAGGAAAGGGACCUCGUCGUCGAGGGCAACGUGUAUUCCUUUAUCGUAUUCCUUUCUCUCGAUCACAAAAAACAUCGAUCCUGGGGAGCGGCCUGAAGAGGAUCUUAGGAAUCCAGAAUUCGAAGUAGAUCCUAGAAGUAUAGAUCGUAUGGAAAAUUUUAGAAGAUCGAAGAAUCUAAAAAAAAGGAAAUGGAAGAAUGUUAUAACGCGUGGAGGAUCGGUCGGUCGAUAAACUUCGAGUCGUCGAUUGAUGAUCGAUGAUCGAUGAUCUGGAAUUCGAGGAAAACUCCUUCAGGCCACUCUAGAUCGACGUGGUGGAAGAUCGAUGUUCGUUCAGACGCGGUUGAUGUUGGAGGAUAAUCGUUCGGGAUCGAUCGAUCUUGCGGGACUCCCGUUUCCACGAUAUAUUCUUCGACCCUUCUCGUCGCACGAAAUCGAUCCAUAGUUAACAUAAUUGUAUCUCUAUGUGUCUUUUCAAAUUUGUACCGUGAAUCGAUUCGAACUUGUUCCGAAUUAUUCCUAUCAUAACUCUGGAUCGAAUUCGGGUUAUCGAGAAGGUGUGACAAGUUUUUCGAUGUUGCUCGUAAGUUCGAUCGAAACAGGACAAUUUUCGCGGUUGAUAAAGAGAGAACUUAUAAGAGGAAAAAAAAAAAAUAAUAAUAAUAAUAAUCGAACAAACUAUAUCGCGCUCGAACGAAGAGAGUCGCACGUCGCCAUAAACGCUGCCUGCCAAGCAGCCCUUAAAUGCCGACAAUCAAGGCUAGUGCAACUAAUCAAACGAUAAUAAAUAGAGAAAAAAAAAAAACGGAGAGGAUGAAGAAAUUUACCUAAUAAUAAUUAAUGAAUUCUUAGAGAUGAGUGAUCGAUGAUGAUUCGUCCACGUGAUUGAUUGGCGUGGCUGAGGACCUCGGCGAUGGGUCGAAGGGAUUGAAUUAGAAGAGAUACCCUUCGAUCGUGUACGGAUAGUAGACGUGGCAAAUCGAUUAGAUCGAAAUUACGUGCUUGAUGUCGAUCGUAGAGAGUACAAAAAAAAGUGAAACCGCGCCCGAUCAAGGAAUCUUUCCUCGAGAAAGAGUAAAUUCGAAUCGAGGCGUUUUCCUCGAGAAAUGAAUUAAAUUGGAAAUUAAUGGAAAUUAUAGAAGAAAAAUUUGAUAUAAGCAGCCUUUUGUCGAUUCAAUUUGUUUUGUUUUAUAUCGAUAUAUAUAUUAAAACGUGAAAGACUUAGAAUCGUAAAUAAUUGUUCUUGUAAAAAUUAAAAUAAUGUUUCUUACUUUCUCAAGUUUUUCCACUGUGAUUUUCAUGAUAAAUGGCAUUGAAUAAGAAUAAAAAGGAAAUUGAAAUUCUUCUCGAGGGGUUCCUUGGUCGCGCGACAAGGACAGACACGCAUUAGUGUUAAACCACAUUGUAAAAGUUCAUUUUUUCGUGAGUAAUCUUCCUUGAAGGGAACGUGAAGGAAGAUUGGAUGAACGGAAGAAAGAGAGUAGAAGAAUGAGUGAGAGUGAGUGAGAGUGUGCAAAUCGCAAUCAAUUAUUAACUUAUAAUAAACGGCAAAAAGUGCGGCGAAAAACAUUAAACGUAGGCGUAAGUAUCGGUCUCACGAACACGGCAGGCACGCAAUAAAAAUAAAGAGAAAUAAUAAUACAAUUGCAAACGGAACAACUGCAAAACGGACGGUGUAAUAAUAUGGAUAAGUGUAAGAAGGAAUUGUAGGCAUGCGAUUGGAACUAAAGUGGAAUUAAAGUCGUAAGGAAACUAAAAAAAAAAAAUAAAUAAAAAUGAAAACCUUGGUAGCAGCGCAUAAGGGUAUCUAUAAGCUUUUGGUAACGUAUUAUCGCCGCUAGGCUAAAGAGAAUUAAAUUAAAAAUAAAAAAAAGAAAAAAUAUAUAUAUAUAUUAUACAAUAAAGAGGAAAAAAAAAAUAAAUAAAUGCGACACACAGAGAAAGAGAAGACACACACGCAGGACAUCGUAAAUUAUUGCAAUUGACGCGGAAGACUCGAGUUUAAUGUAUCGGGCCCGUGCGAAAAUUUCGGACGAAUUUCAGCGAAUUAUUUAUAUCGAUUAAUGAUUCGCAUGUCCGACCACGCGAAAUCGCCCGUCGACGUUCAACGAUUUCGAGAUGACGAUGGAAAAAAAUAGAAAAAAAUAAAAAUAAAAUAAAAUAAGAA